GUCUUCGAGUCUCAGAGACGAAGGCAGGAUGUGGACGAUCGGCCCCUCGAUCAAUAACGGAGGAUCCUGGUGAUUGAGAGCGAGCUGAAGGAGGCCCAGCUGAGCAUGCGCCUCAGUGAGUGAGCGCCCCCUGUGGCAGCAUGCGGUACCUCGCCCACACGGCCCACUGGCAGUUCCUGGGCCUGAUGACGGGCUUCCUGGCGUGGAUCCUCAUCAUGGCCGCCACCGGCCUGGACGAGUGGCGUCUGUGGUUCGUGGACGACGCGUCCGUGGUGGCGUCCGGCGUGGCGUGGGUCGGCAUCUGGCGUGCGUGCUUCUACAGCCACGCCCUCGAGAACUGUCGCGCCAUCGGCUUCUCGGACCCGUUCACGCCGCCGGAGAUCGCCGCCGCUCAGGUUCUGAUGCUGCUGGCGCUGCUCUGCGGCCUGCUGGGUAACGUGGGCGCCGCGGUGGCCGUGAGGAAGGUCUACUUCUCCGUGGGGGAUCGUGGGAACGUGCGUCUGGCGUUCGCGGCGGCGGGGCUGAUGUACGCGGCGGCGGGCGUGCUGAGCCUGGCGCCGCUCGGCUGGAACAUGAGCGCCGUGCUGAGCAACGCCACCGUCCACUUCCCCCCCCACUUCCACCUCCCCGCCGCGCCGGCCCGGCAGCGGGUCGGCGCGGCCGUCGGCGUCGGCGUCCUCGCCGGCAUGCUGAUGCUCGUGAGCGCGGUGCUUUUCCUCAGCUACCGCUACGCCCCGGAGGCCCCGGAGGGCCCCCGGACCCUAACGGACCCAGCUCAGAACGGAGACCUCCAGGGCCGAGAGAAUCCUGCUUUUCACAUCGAAGAAGUCUCGUGAUGCCUUCAAGGACUCGUUGUGUUUCCGCAGUAUUUCCUGUUGGACUGAGUUUGGGUUCAAGUUUUAUUUUUGCUCCGGUGUGAAUACAUUUUAUUAAAUUUGGUGAUUUUCAUCUAAAGAAGAAUUUACGAUGUGAUGUUCAAAUGCCGACAUGUCCUCCGUAUUAAAGAGCUCUAGUGACUCACA